CUUUCUAUUUCUUUCUUCUUUCCUUCUAGGGUUUCAACAAGUGGUUGUGUUUAUAAGAGUGUAUCCAACUUUGUGUUGUGUUUCACAAAUUUGGGGACAGUUUGGUACUGACCCAGAAAGAGAAAGGCUCAGUAGGUAUAAAAAGAUUUGAUCUGAUCAUAUAUAUAUUAUAUAUAAUAUAUAAUAUAUCAUGGGGAGAGGAAGAGUGGAGCUGAAGAGGAUAGAGAACAAGAUAAACAGACAAGUGACAUUUGCAAAGAGAAGAAAUGGGCUUUUGAAGAAAGCUUAUGAGCUCUCUGUUCUCUGUGAUGCUGAGGUUGCUCUUAUCAUCUUCUCCAACCGUGGCAAGCUCUAUGAGUUCUGUAGCAGCCCUAGCAGCAUGGUCAAAACACUUGAACGGUACCAAAAGUGCAGCUAUGGCGCUGUGGAAGUCAGCAAGCCUGCCAAGGAGCUUGAGAGCAGCUAUAGGGAGUACCUGAAACUUAAAUCUAGAUUUGAGUACCUACAACGAACUCAAAGAAACCUUCUUGGGGAAGACUUGGGCCCGCUAAACACGAAAGAGCUUGAGCAGAUUGAGCGCCAACUUGAGUCUUCACUCAAGCAAGUUAGGUCCACUAAGACUCAAUAUAUGCUUGACCAGCUUUCUGAUCUACAAAGCAGGGAACACAACUUAAUAGAAGCUAACAGAGCUUUGACAGUUAAGCUGGAUGAGAUUAGCUCAAGGAAUAAUUUUCGUCAAUCAUGGGAUAUUAGUGAACAUGAUCAUCAUCAUCAGCAGCAGCAAGCUAUAUCGUACGGUCAUCAGCAUGGUCAAUCUCAAGGCUUGAUCUUUCAACCCUUAGAUUGCAAUCCCACUUUGCAGAUUGGGUAUAACGCAGGAGUAACAGAGCAGAUGAGCAACAAUACUCAUGGUCAACAAGUCAACGGGUUUAUCCCUGGGUGGAUGCUUUAGUUUGACUCCUCAUCACUUUACAAGAUGAUGAUCUCAUCUGAUCAUGAAAAUGCAUAAUGAAGCAUAACAACCUAUGUGCUUUGUUGUGUGUGCCAUAAAUAUAUAUAUAACUGGUUUCUGAACCUAAUUAAUGUAACUCUUACAUAUAUAUAUAUAUAUUUAUAUUUAUUAAACAUAAAAUCAGCUGAAACUGAUGAAUUUGGAAUGACCAUCAAAGGACAUUAUGCAAUGCAAGUUUUACAUAUAUGCUUUUGUAAGAAAUUUGAUUUUGAAUCUAUUUUUUUGGCUUAAAUAUUAAUGAUCUUUCAAUAUAUAUAUUUUCCUA